AUGGCUGCUUGGAUGGAUCAUGGUAUGCCAACUAUUUCUGGUUGCUUCUUUUGCCAUUUAAUUGAGGGCAAAUUACAGAAGCAGCCACAUCCCAUUGAUGGGUGUUCUAAAGUGAAAGAAUGGAGACAGAAAACUCUCUCAUCUGAAGCAAAGGCUAAUGAGCUACAAGAACAAAUAUCUGUGCUUAAUGAAGAGAUUGAGAGAUUGCGGAAGGAAAGAGAGAGAAAAAUAGUGAGGGCCAGAAAUAGGUCACCAAUUAACCAAGAAGCACAAAAUGAAACAGAGAAGCGGAUACUUGUGUGUCACUUGAAGGAAAACCGUUGUGCGAAUGAUGAUGGUUGCAACCAGAAGGAGCUCGUAAGAGAUGGAAGAAGAAAGACGCAGACAUGCACUGCUGGACUUCUCCCCAGACGCUCACCCCUCAGAGAAAUUGGCAAUAUCUCAGCACUGAUGAAGCAGCAUGGUGAAGGAAUCUUGCCAUUGUUUUGCCUUCAUAAAGAGGAAAUGAAACGUUCAUUUUAGAUGACCUGAAACCUGAUCAACAAGGCUUAUCAAAUGAUUGGUUCACAGUUUCACCAGUACAUUACCUUGUGAGCCACACAAUUCAUGAGCAGUAACAUCACCAGAGUAGUUUUGAACCUUUUGACUAUUUUACUGCUUCUAACUUGCCUUCAGGUGGAAUCUAUAUGAGGGG